AUGCUCGUCUUCCAGUUCUCGCCGGGCUCUUCUGGCUUCGAUUUGUAUCCGGCUGCCGCGGCCGGACUCCACUUGUCUCGGAGUUCUCCGCUCACAAUGCCCAUCUCGCUGUCGCCCACACUCACUGGUCCGCUAAGCGGGGGGCCCGUUGCCCAGUGCUCACUGGCCGGUGGCCUGGAGACCGACGGUCUGAACUCCGCGGUCACGGGAGCCCUGCAGACCGCCUCGUCAGGCCUCGGGCAGACACAUUCCCCUUCGGCCUCAUCUUCGGCCGGCCGGCUGCAUGUGGUCGCGUCCCUCGGCGCCGAGGGGCCCCACUUGCAGCUGAUGCAAUUGCAUCCGGGCCUCUCGCAGACCGGUCCGAUGUAUGCUCCGGUCGCUAGCCUUCGUCACGCUCUCGGUCCGCUCGAGUUGUCCGCUUCUGGCGGCGCUUUCGACGGCCUCCAUCGUCCCUUGAUCAGCCUCAACGGCGUCUCCGACGACGUCUCCGGCCCACUCGGCGCCAGGUCCGCAUCCUCCUCCUCCUCGGCCCUCGGACAGACGCGCUCUGGCAACGGGCACUAUGGGCCCAUCUUCUCUGGCUCUCUGCACAUGGGACCAGCAGGACAGACGCGCAGUCGCCAGAGCUCGCCCAUGGCCACGCCGGGCCUGGCCACCGUCUACAGAGGCACUCUUCAGUCCGGCCCGCUGGGGGCGGAUCAGGCCAGCUCGCCUUUCUACCCUUUCAACACUUCGCAGACUCAUCCGGCCGGCUACAGCGCAUCCGGCUCCCUGCAGUACGUGUCGCCAAUUUAUGUGGCCGUCAAGUCGGAGGACAGUCAUGAUCGACUCACUGGACACUACGCCCAGCAACAGCAGUCAACCUCGGCUCAGACUCCAAUUCUCCCAGGGCAACGGAGUGAUCAACCGGGACUGGUCAAAUCGGCCUGUCCGACGUCGGCAAAUGUACAGUCGAUGUACAUGGGACUGAGGGCGAUCGGGAGCAGCGGUGGCUCAUUUGGUUCUUGUUCUCCCAAGUUGUCCACCAGCUUCAUCGACGAGCACAGGAUGGGCGACUUCACAGCCUCCGGUCUUUCUGAUCAUGGACAAAGUAAGCGCCAGCCAGGAUCAACCAGUAAACAGAUAUCAAGAUCCGCACGACCGGUUGCACUGACAGUCCCGUUUACAUUUUUGCCCUUGAUACCUUUUUAG